AUGUCACCAUGGGUGCAGGCGGGCAUGCGCGUAGCCGUCGGAGGCCUGGCGGUCGCCGCAAUCAUCCCGGCCACCGGCGGCCAGGGCGGCGGCCGCGGCGUGGCUGAGGCCGCGGGCAAGCCGGCAGCCUUGGAGGGUGGCGUCAGGGCAGUGAUCAAAAUCAAUGCCGCCACGUUUGAGGCGCGGGAAGAAGCCGCCGGCCCAGGCCUGCCGCCCAGCGGCCGGGACACCAACGGCCGUCGGGGGGAUCAGCGCGCGGCGCAGCAGUGCCAGGAGCCGCAGCGGUCGCCGCCGCAGCAGCCGCUGCUGCAGCAGGCGCAGUGCGUGGAGGAGGGCACGGGCGUGGUCCCGGUAGGGGUUCUGUGCGAAGAUCUGGAGGGAUGCGCUGGCGUUGCCUCGCGUCAGAUCGAGGCAGUCCAUGUGCCAGUGGAGCCCAAGCACGGCGCCAACUCAGAGGCCUGGCGGGUCAUCGGCCCCUACAUGCGGCUCUACGGCAGCGGCGCUCUCUCCAGCUCCACCCUGUGGAACCCCGAGUUCACCCACAUGUUCGUCCCUGGGGUCGGCAGCCAGGCCUACUUCAUCGGCCAGGCCUACAACCGCACCAUCGUCGUCGGUAUCAACAACCCCCUCGCGCACCCCGACCACUGGGCAGAGAUGGCAGCCACUUUUGUCAGGGCCUUCCCAGCAGCGAUCUUCUCCCACAUCGGCCCGCGGUUUGCCCAGGUGCUCAAGGACACUCAGGGCUACACCAUCAACGAUUGCGGCGCCGAAACCAGCAUCCAGGUCCAGAAGUUCAGCUACUCCAAGCGCACGCGCACCAUCCGCAAUGGCGUGCGGGACGCAACGGCAGCAGGCGUGGUUGUGCGGGAGCUGCUGCCCGCUGACGUCACCACAGGCAUCAUGCAGCAGCUGCUGGCUGUCACGGGGGAUUGGCUGGAGCAGAAGCGCGUGAGCGACAAAGUUAUGCGCGUCUACAUCCGCCACAUCGACUAUGACAACCUGCAGCUGGCGGAGGGGGUGCGCCUGUUCGUGGCAGAGGCGCCCAGCGGCGCCGACGCUGUUGCUAACGGCGCGGCGCCCAAGACGGUGUGCGGCUUUGUACUGGUGGACCCAAUGUUCCGGGACGGGGCUGUGUACGGCUACGUCACCAGUGUCAACCGCAUGUUGCGUGGCAGCCACCCAGGCGUGCUGAAGCUGAUGUACAAUGACAUCAUGGCCUUCAUGAAGAGGGAGGGCAAGGAGGUGCUGACGUUCGGCUUCAGCCCCUUUUUCAACGUGCAGAAGACCCCCUUCUGCGGCCCCUGGUGGAUGGAACUGUCUGUGCGCUACUUCUACGAGCACUGCACACCCCUGUACGAGUUCAAGAACCUCGCCUUCAGCAAGGCCAGGUACGGCGGCGGCGUGGUGGGUGACGCGUACCACGACCCAAACGUCACCAUGACCCACGUCUACGGCGCCUCUCGCGCCGCCUUCCUCCCGGGCAUGGCCCUGCUGGACAACUGGGUGCUGCUCAUGACGUCAGGCAUCGUCAGCAGCGCAUUGGAGACGUUCCUGAAAGUGCUCGGGCUGCGCAGGCACGUGGGGCCACCCGGCGUCGAGGGCAAUGCCUGUCCUGCCUUGCGCGGCGCCGCGAGCGCGGCGUCGCUGACGUCACUGGGCUCGCUGACGUCACUGGCCAGCUCCGGUGGGGGUUGGUUGCCGGGUGCAGAGAGCGGCUGCAGGCGGAUCAGCAGCGGCGGGCCACCGUCGCCCAGGAUAGCAGCCUGA